AUGGGUCGCAGGAGGGCCCGCCUGUGGGCGCUUUUCCAGUGCUGCAUCCCCAAGGCAAAGGCCAAGACAAGGAAGAACUUGGCCUCGGCCCAAGUCCUGGAAGCAGAGCGGCCUGAGGUGAGAGCAGCCGGGGGCUGGGCCCGUCGGAUUGGCCUUCACGCGGCGAAGCAUCGACCCCAGCAGGUUGACCUUGUAAGUGGUUGUGCAGGGGCUGCGUGGAGGACGGGCGGGGGCCCCACAAGAAGGGAAACACUGUCUGGAGGAGUCACUGGGGCACGUGGAUUGAGCUAUAGAGAGUUGGCAACAUCUACGGAAGAACUCAAUAUAUGCCGGGAACAGCUUCUUGCAAGAGAAGAAGAAAUAGCUCUGCUGAAAGCAGAGAGGAAUAACAUCAUGCUGCUGCUGGAGCACCUGGAGUUCCUGGUUUCCCGGUAUACACCGUCCCUCCAGACGACGGCGGGCAAGUGCCAGGCGCAGUCCACAGCCGGCAUGACCAGCGAGCUGGAGGUGAUCAAGUCACUGAAAUCACUCUUUGAGCACCACAAGGCCCUGGACAAGAAGAGAACCCGCGACGAAGACCUGGCUCCGGUGAUCGAGCUCAAGGAAAUCAUCAAGAAGAAGUCACGGGAGCAGAGAGAAAUGAAGGACCGCCUGGCAGCCCUCUCUGCCCACGUAACAGAGCUGGAGAAGGACCUGGACACGGCCAGGAAGGACCUCCUCAAGUCCAAGGAAGUACACGUGAAACUACAGCAGGACGUCCGUGAAGCGAUGGCCCAAAAGGAGGACAUGGAGAAGAGAAUCACUACACUUGAGAAAUGCUACCUCGCUGCACAGCGCAAAGCCAUCUCUGUGCACAACCUCGAUGAUAAACUUGAAAAUGAAAUCGCAAAUAAGGAUUCUAUGCAUCGACAGAAGGAGGAUAAAGACCGACAGCUGCAGCUGUGCCUGGAGCUGGCAGAGCAGAAGCUGCAGCAGAUGCUGACAGAAGUGGUGGCUGAGCUGGCUCAGCGGGGAGCUGCACUCUCCAAGGCGGGAGAGAGACACAGCAGCAUGGAGGAGAGGGGCGUGUGGGCCGGAGACGCGGCUGGGCGGGCCGGCGCUGCCUUUCUCCGCCGCUCCUGUCUCUGCCGUCCAGUUGUGCUGCACAAGGCGAGUGACUGCCGUGGCCGACAGCACAAAGCUGCCAGGUUGAGUCGAGUGACUCGGAAACUUGGCCCGUUUGACUUGUUUUACCCCGUGCAGCCCCUGAAAGAUCAGGACCGGGAGCGCGGGCAGCAAGCUAGCGUGCUGGCCAACGUGGGCCAGGUGUUCAAGAGUGACAAGGGCGUGUCAGACGGCAUGGGCGACCGGGUCACCCUCUUCAGCACGCCCGCUCUGCUGUCGCCCAGCGGCCAGGCCGAUGCCAAGACUCCGGCCGGGAGGAUUCAGAAGCAGCUGGACAGGAUCAACGAAGAAAGCUGGUUGAUCCAAAAAGACAAGGAGAACACGGAUCAGCGGGCGGAGGGGAUUGAGAGCAGGGUGGGCAGUGGGAGCUUCAGCAACCUUCGGCGCUUUCAAUCCUCGGACUCCCUCAACCUGGAUUUCGCCUCCUCGCAUGCCGGCUCCUUCCCGCCCAGCAGAGGGCGCUCCAUGCCCGAAAGGAGGCAGCCCAGCCCUGAGCAAGAAGAAGACAAGCUGGGCUUCAUGACUCUGCCUAGUGAUUUAAGGAAGCAUUGUCGAAAGCUGCCAGCCAUACAGGAAGAGGUAGAAGAUGACACCAUCAAAUGUGAAACCUCGACCUCCGCCUCGCUGCGGUCCUUUCGGCUGGACCGGCUCACGGGCUCACUGCGCACAGCCAGCAAUGAGGACAUCAGGGACGCCCGCAACGCGACAGGCUCUCAGGACAGUCUCGGGAGCAACCCCAGCAACAGCAACAGCAGCCAGGACUCGCUGCAGAAAGCCCCAAAGAAGAAGGGCAUCAAGUCCUCCAUCGGUCGUUGGUUUGGCAAGAAGGAAAAGGGCCGGCCUGGACACACCAGCAAGGAGGCGUUAGGACCAGGUGGGUGCUUCACCGUUCAGAGGGAGGAGGGUCUGCAUGUAUGUCCCUUCUGUGUCUCCCCCACUGUCCCCACGAGGCUGCUGUCACUCACGCUGGGUGUCCUCCUGGGAGGAGCGGAGGAGGCGUCUGUCUUCUCUAGGGUCCGAGAUGAUCAGAUCAGUUGA